AUUCAUCGUUCCUUUUGAUCGUCUUUCUGAAGAGUGAAGAUUCUCUGAUUGUGUUGCAGGUUUAGAUCCUUCCAUAGAUAUGCCUACCGUCAAUCUUCAAGAUAUUGCCCACGAGUUUCCUGAUGUUGAGGAGAUUCUUGAAAGAUCCAUAUCUGAAUGGCUAGGCCUAAAUGAUGUGCAAAAGAUUUCGCUUCAAGAUCUGCCGAUUUCAGACGAACCAGUGACCGAUUUUGCUAGUGGCCUGUAUAGGUUCGUGAGAACCAGUCAACUCGAUGAUCACGAAUGGCCUCUUGUGUCUCGUAGAAAGACGAGAGAAGAGACUCCUCUGAGGUUUGAUCUUUCCAGAAUCGACCUAGGAUCCGCUAGUGGUGUUCCAGGAGAUACCUUUGAGCGACAGGUGUACAAACCCAACCCUCUUAAUGUGUAUGGCCAUUAUGUCAUUGCCCAUUACAUGAGGCAUAACGUCGGCACAGAGCCUUUUUCAGAUGAUGAUUCGGGUGAAGAUGACAAUGAAGUGAGUGAGAGGUCGGAGAGUCAAGAAGAGGUUCCAGUCACUGAAGACGAGCUUUCAGACGAUUCCAUUCAACCUGUGGAAGACGAGACUCAGGGCGAAGAGGAACAACAAGGUUUGGAGAAUGAAGAAGCGGAUCCAGUCAACGAGGAGGAGCUUUCAGUUGAUUCGGUUGAACCUGUGGAAAACGAGAGUCAGGGUGAAGAGGAACAAGGUUCGGUGAAUGAAGAAGAUGAUCCAGUCAAUGAAGACCAUGGUUUGGAGCUCACAAUUCAGAUGCAGAUUAAGCUCACGAUCAAGACAACAUAGAUCUAUUACCACGAUGAGUCAGUCACGACGAGUCAGUCACGAGUCUAGUGAACAUUGAUUUUCCAUUUCUAGCCUACUUAUGGCCAAAACCCAAAGUUUCUAGUUUUUAAAAACUAUAGCAGAAUCCUUGUUUCUCCUAAGUUGCAUGUUUUCCCUUUAGAAGUCAGACAGCUGAUUGGUUCUCUUGCCCUGAGAAAUCUUGACUACUCAUGUUAUA